GGCGGCGGGCGCAGGUCCACAGUGCUCCUAGCAUGACCACGAUCUGAUCAGCAGCCAGGAGAAUCUGACUCCCUUGCCGUGGACCUUAGUGCUGGGGCCUGGUCACCGCCCACGACUCCGGAGCGGCCAUGGCUGCUGCCUCUACGUCCUCCCCAGUCGUUUCACAGCCCCAGUUCACAGCCAUGAAUGAACCGCAGUGCUUCUACAAUGAGUCCAUCGCCUUCUUUUAUAACCGGAGUGGAAAGUAUCUUGCCACAGAAUGGAACACAGUCAGCAAGCUGGUGAUGGGGCUUGGAAUCACCGUCUGUAUCUUCAUCAUGUUGGCCAACCUCCUGGUCAUGGUGGCGAUCUAUGUCAACCGCCGCUUCCAUUUUCCUAUUUAUUACUUAAUGGCGAAUCUGGCUGCUGCGGACUUCUUUGCUGGGUUGGCCUACUUCUACCUAAUGUUCAACACAGGACCCAAUACUCGGAGACUGACUGUCAGCACGUGGCUCCUGCGUCAGGGCCUCAUUGACACCAGCCUGACGGCCUCUGUGGCCAACCUCCUGGCCAUUGCAAUUGAGAGGCACAUCACAGUUUUCCGUAUGCAGUUGCACACGCGGAUGAGCAAUCGGCGCGUGGUGGUGGUGAUUGUGGUCAUCUGGACCAUGGCCAUCGUUAUGGGGGCUAUCCCCAGUGUGGGUUGGAACUGCAUUUGUGAUAUUGAAAAUUGUUCCAACAUGGCGCCCCUCUACAGCGACUCUUACUUGGUCUUCUGGGCCAUUUUCAACCUGGUGACCUUUGUCGUCAUGGUGGUUCUGUAUGCUCAUAUCUUUGGCUAUGUUCGCCAGAGGACUAUGAGGAUGUCUCGGCACAGUUCUGGACCCCGACGGAAUCGGGAUACCAUGAUGAGUCUUCUGAAGACCGUGGUCAUUGUCCUUGGUGCCUUUAUCAUCUGCUGGACUCCUGGACUGGUCUUGUUACUUCUCGACGUGUGCUGCCCGCAGUGUGACGUUCUGGCCUAUGAGAAGUUUUUCCUUCUGCUUGCCGAGUUCAACUCUGCCAUGAACCCCAUCAUCUACUCCUACCGCGACAAGGAGAUGAGCGCCACCUUCAGGCAGAUCCUCUGCUGCCAGCGCAGUGAGAACACCAGCGGCCCCACGGAAGGCUCGGACCGCUCGGCUUCCUCCCUCAACCACACCAUCCUGGCUGGAGUUCACAGCAAUGACCACUCCGUGGUUUAGGAAAGAAACUAAGAUGAGAGGCGGCCAUCAUCUAUUGAGGGAUGAACAGCCUCCCCCUCCCGAAAGGCCAGGGCAGGGUCGGGUGUGAGAAAGAGGAAAAAUACAUUCAUGUACUUAAACACUAACCCAUGGCAGUAUUUGUUCCUUGACCCACCAAGACUUGACAUAUGUUGAAAAAUUAGCUUACGUGAUACCCCUCAUCCUGCUCCCAUUCCUUUUGAAAGUAGAAAGCGGAGAUCUUGCAAUGGAAUUCAUACACAGACUCUGGAGUGUCCGUGUACACUACAUUAACUAGUGUUCAAAAGUUUUUGAAUGGUUUGGUGCAAGUCAGAACAAAUUCUGACUAAUUGAAUCCACAACUUC